UAAGCGCGUUUUGGUUUUAGGAAGCAGGAACGCAGAAAUUUGUGAUGUAAAAAGAGAAUAAUAAAUGUUUGUUGAUAAUCAUGGCGAAUCCUAGGAAAUUUAGUGAAAAAAUUGCCCUCCAUAAUCAAAAGCAAGCUGAGGAGACGGCUGCCUUUGAAAAAAUUAUGCGUGAAGUUUCCGACGCAACCAAUAAGGUGAAUACAAAUAAUAGAAGAGCAAGAAUAAAUGCUACAAUAGAACUGAGUGAUAAAGAUUCGGAGACUGUUCAAAACCAACAAAAUGUGGGUUCGUUCAGAAGCGGUUCACUGCCUAAUGUUGCCGCUCCACAACUGCCCACCUCUGAACCAGAGAUUGUUAAGCCAGAGGAAACACCAUUAGUAUCACAAUACACAAUGUCCGGGGGCAGGAGUGGGGGUAUGUCACCCUCACCUCGAUCCCCGGGUCAAAGAGGACGAGCCUCAUCAUCUGUUGGACCAAUGAGGCGACCUGCAGACCGCAAGCAUGACACUAGUCCAUAUGGUAGCAAUGUUUAUCUGAGUCCACCUCCAGACAGCAACUGGCGCAGGACGAACAGUGACUCGGCACUGCACCAGUCGUGUGGUGAGCAGCAAUCCACCGCGCCACCACUCUCACCCCACCACCCCUUGCAUUCCCAUGCGCACCCGCAUAUGCCUCAUCAGAAUCAUAGACGAGCUGCAAAUAUCCAUUUAGAUGUUCUAGCAACGUUCGGCAUGAGUCCCUCGAAUCGUCCGAGGUCGUCGUGUGAAAUCCCACGGAUACCAAAUAAUAACAACGUGUACGAGAGCGGCGGGGACGAUGGGGGCGGAGGCGGAGGUGUCGGGGGCGGGGGCCUGGGGUGCGGCGAGCUGCAGGUGCCGGGAGGCUCGCUGCCCGACCUCACCUCCGUGCACUUCCCGCCGCCGCACUACCUUCCGUUGCGCACCUCGCCUGACUACCACCACAGUGCGAGCCCCAGUUCCCCUGGAGCGGUGUCCCCUGGCGGGGGCAGUAUAUCUCCCGCCACGGGGGGCCUCUCGCCCGCCUCGGGCUCCCCCGUGGGGGCCACAGUGCCCCUCUCUAAUAUGCACCCACCGGACCACUCGUUAUACGACACGCAAAACAUGUCCCCUUUGGAUCACAGCUGGCUCGCAUCGAGCUAUCAGCCACACUGCAGUCCGCCUUCACAAUAUUCUUCGACUUCGAAUAUCCCUUCGCCAACGAUGGUCCACAGUCCCGGUAGUCCGGUGGAGUCACCGCAGACAGACUACAGCAACCUCCACCAAGUGCUAUUACAACCCUUCGAGCAGAUCACGAUGCUGGAUCCCCCGACGUCGAGUUACAACACGACGUAUAUUAAUCACAGCUCACCUCACUCACCUCAGACAACGAAUACGCAACACACAUAUUCAAGGUCGUCGACGUCCCCGGGAAUCCACACGCAGACGCACACGUACCCGUCGUCGGGCGAGGGCCGGGCGCGGGACCCCGUGGCCGGGGGCUUCCCCCUCGCCUCACCCUCGCCCGCCACCCCCGCCACACCUGCCACGCCCGCCUCAAUCCCCGACAUCAUACUCACGGAUUACUCGGGUGAACUAGACGCGAGCAUAUUCGGCGGCGAGGAAGCCCAGCUCCGGGCUGGCCUAGACCUGGACGACCUGACCCUGCUGGAGGAACCCAGUGCGUUACUACCUGACUCUUCCGUUGAACACGAGUUCAGAAUGGACCGGAUCGACCGCAUGUUAUAAGUAAUCGCUAUUUUGGUGUCGUCGAAAUGGUUUUUAAUAGAUUUGGAAAAUUGUGGCUGACGAUUCUUCAUUCUUAGCAUUUACAUCGUUCGAUGCAUUUAACAUUUUGAAUCAAGUGCAAUUACGAUGGGAAUUAUUGUUUUUUUUUUUCAUGACAAUUUGUAUAGUUUCAAUAUGUGUUAGGAUUGCCUGCCCUGGUUUAAUUCAUAAUUGCUGCCGUCGGAAACGGCUCGUAGCAAUUACGAGUAACCCGGGCUUAAGACACGGAUUGUGGAAUGAUGAUAUAUGAUUGCCGGUACUCAUCACACAUUCCCCUAUCGUUAGUACUGACGGAACAGGUUCUCGGAUAGUCAAUUUGAGAGCAGUACUGAGAAAUGACCAUACGGAUAUCAAGUUUAUUGAUUUGUUAGAACUCUGUGUUAUCAUUUAAUCAUUAAUAUUUUAAUUUAUAAAAAAUAUAGCUUUUUUUCUAUUUCAAAGUGAAGUUAAAGCAAUUUGAUUUUGAAUCUGGUCCGAACGUAUUGUCAAUACGUGUACACGGAUGUUGGUACGUGUACGCGUACAUUUCAUUUUAGGGUGCAAGUAUUUUAAUGGGUUAGGUACUUCGAUAGACGUGUGCUCGAAUAUCAUUUCGUGUAAAUAUUGAAGAUGUUCUACGAAAUUGCAUUUAAGCUGUCAUUUGUACUUUUUAUAUCUUUCAUCGUUAAGCCGUUGCUCAAACGAGUAUUUUUCCCAAUUCGCAAGAGAUGCAUGCUUCCUGAUUAUUGUCUUGUAUAUUUUCAUGUAAAUAUUGAGAUAAGCUUUUGUCGCAAACAUAUCUGUGUGUGAGAACUUUGUGGUCAAUUUUACGAAUCGGUGUUUGGCCAAUUUACAAAUAUAUAGUACAUAGACUACUGACGGAAUUUCAGGAAUGUGGGACAUUGUGCAUGUGAUUUUCGUUUGUCACCGUCAAAUUUUUAAAUUCCAUUAUAAUCUGUCACGACAGUGUCAAAAAUUGAACUUUUUCCUUAGAUAAUCCGUCAAAUCCCGUCUUUCUGUCUGUAAUCGAAAAACUAAAUAAGCAACAUCACAAUUUUACGGUGACAUACUAUAUAUAAUUUUGACGUCACGUUUUGCCGUCACUAUGAUUUUACAAAUAUUCAGAUACACCUUUUCAAAGAAAACAUUAAUUUCAAAUAAUUAUUGGUCUUGGUAUCAGAAAUCCUUUACAAUAAUGUUGAAUUUAAGACAUCUUAAGUCUACAUUUUUUGCUGAUGAGAUAACCUCUAUAUAGAGUUUGCCCACAGCCAUUAAUCACUCACAUAAAUGAAAUGUUAUAUAUCUAUGAUGUCCGGGAAUAAAAUCACUAGAUUUUGCUAAACAGUAGAAUGUACUACUUGGUAAUGUCAAUAUAAAACCCGGGCGUCUUAUUAAAAGAUUUAGAUUUACGGUCGCACUCAGAGUUGUUGAUUGAAACAUCUAAGGGAGCGUUCAAGUAUUAUGUGACGCAAUUUUUGGAGAUUCUUGGAACCCCCCAAUGCAACGCGCCGCAACGUUUCUGUUUCCAAUAGUAAAACGCUUCGUGAUCAACUCCAGUGACUUUUUAAACCAUUAUGUGGUGUAAAGUACUGGAAAGUGAAAUAAUAUUAACAAUAACGCGUAAUUCAAUCCCCGCCCCGCAUCAUAACGUUUUACAUAAGGAGAACCUCCCGCCCCCCCCCCCCCCCUAUUAGUUACGUGAUACGUGAACGCACCCUAAACGCAAAUCAAUAAUUAUUCAUUUAAUGAACUGUGUCCGUUAACCAUAACCAUUAAUCAGUAAUAAACUUGUCAAAGGCGUUAUUAGACUCUGAGUACGGCUGUACCUAACAAUUUCCAUACACUGGUUGUCAUUUUAAUAUACAUUUGUGCUUACAGUGUCCCAAAAUAGAUGUAUGUAUUGUUUCAAUGCUCAUUCUACGUUAAGAGUCUAGUCAUUACGACUUAAGAGUUUCAAUUUGACAUAAUAUUUGCCCGUUAUCCUACCGAUGUUGAUUUUCUGUUUAAUAUCUUGUUACUUUGCCUGGUUUGUUUACUUUACGAGUACGUAUUUACGUACGCGUAUACGUACGUACCCACGACCACGUACGCGUACGUAAAACCAUAUUUAUCUUACAAUACGUCGUUGAACAAGCCCGGCAUUGGUGAUGUGUAAAAUUUAUUAUAUAUUUAACGAAUAUCCAAAGAUGGUUAAUUAUUCAAAAUUUAUAAACUUAGUUCAAUUAAUUUUACAGUGUUGACAUAUUAAAAAUUUGAAUUUCCUCAAAGGUGAUAAAACUGUAUGACAGAUGCUUGUUUUAAUGUGAUAAAGGAAAAGCACAAUUAUGCCUGGUCGGCUUUAUUACAUACCACUACUACGAAAGAUAUAUGAAAUGUUAUGUUAAAUCAAGAAUUAUUUAAGAUUAUAUAUAUAUAUAUAUAUAUGAAUUUGUUGGAGUAAUGUCUUCCACGGCGUUUGUAUCGGACUUAGAUUCAAAAGUAUUGAGAGAGGGAAACCAUUUAUAUUAACGACUUCAAUAUAUGAUCAGAGCAGUCUCAAAAGGUUAUUCAGAAGCUCGACUUUGCGCCAAGUGUGAUUUCCAUAUAUUAAAAACGUAUUGGAAUUUGACAUAAUUCUAGAACGUUGCUCAAUCCCUAAUCUACGUUCAAGAGCUGUCAAAUCAUUUUUCCAUUUGGACUGUGUCAUACUUGACAGCGCUGGAGAUUGUGAUUUGAGAGUCCAUAUUGAGACUAAUAUGACACGUAUGUCACAAUUGAUGUUUAUGGCGUUUCUAAUGCUUCAAAGGCCAGUUACACACUGACAGCGCUCCGGUAUCACUUAGAUUCAGAGGAGCCUCUCUUUCAUCCGUUAUAUUAGUCCGGGUGUCAUAUAGAUAAGUCGCUCUGAACCUUACAGAUUAGAGCAGUGUUUUCCAAUGUGAGGCUCACGCCUACAGGGGGGCAAUUUGAUCCCUAAGGGAGCCCCCCUUCGAAAAUUUAUUAAAAAUUAUUUGUAAUUUGAAUUUCAGUUUUUGUUUUGAAAAUUUACUUGCAGUGUUUCGUUUACAAUUUGUAAUUCCUUCCUCAAACCUUUUUUAUUAAUAAAAAUUAUGUAUGUUACAUGGGGGGGGGGGGGGGCACAAAAAAGGUUGGCAAACACUCGUUUAGAGAGUAUCGUUGGUAAUAAUGGUUUCUCUACCUUUUAUUACAAGGUUGUGACAUCAACAAGACUAACUUUUUUACGCCAUACAUUACUACGAUCUGCGCGUGGAUAACAUUUUUCUUCACAUCGUUUCUCGUUUUCACCUUUCGAAAUAAGUAUGUAAGUGAUGUGCUUUAACGCAAACACCAAAUUGUGGAUGGGGUCUAAUGCUUUUGCAGUUUUGUUGCCAUGGUAACGGUUCGAAUUCAUUUGUGAUUGGUUAAGAAAUGGAUCAAUAAUAAAUAAGCGAUGCGAGUUUUGUAUACAUUGCCAAUUUCUUAAGUUUUUAAUACUUUAAUUAAAACGAUAUUAGUACCAUUGCCACGCGUUUGCUGAAGUACUAGUCUUGUCUCUUUCCAUAUCAGCGUAAACACAAUGUGUCAAUUUUGAGCGUUUUUUUUUUAAAAAUAAAACUGCAAAAGCAUGCGCUGGUCCUGGGCUAGGUAUAUUUUAUAUGACAUUAAAUUUAAGACAUAAAUAUUUUUUCUCAAAUAUGCACAAACUUAUUGAGGAAUUUUGCAGUAAAAUGUUUCAGUGGUUUGUUUUAUUAAAACCAAAUGUACAUAUUAAGUGUGAUAGAGAUGAAACGGUCUCAUUUAAAAAAUAAAUUUUGUUGUAAGUA